AUGCCAGGUGAUAAUAUUAAGCUAUGGUAUUUGCCGGGGUCCUGCGCCCUUGCCCCCCACAUACUCCUCCGAGAAAUCGGAAAAGACUUCGAAUUGGUCGAGAUGACGAUGGAAAAGCUCUCCGGAGAAUACGACGCCAUCAACCCCAAGCGCCGAGUCCCAGCGCUCGCCCUCAAUAGCAAUGAAAUAAUUACCGAGAACCCCGCGGUUAUGUUGGCAAUUUCAAAUCUCGCGCCUGAGAAACAUCUGAUGGGGAAGACGCAAAUGGAUACUGUUCGCGCAAUUGAGUGGGGGACCUGGUUGUCUGGCACAAUGCACGGUCAGGCAUUCGCUGGAGUAUGGAGGCCUCACAGAUUCAUAGGUGAACCCGAGUUUUAUGACAAGAUUAAAGCCCAAGGCAUGAUCACUAUCAAGGAAUCGUUCAAGUUUAUUGAAGAUAAGCUCUCUGGAUUACAUGCUGUCGGCGAUGAGUUUACUGGUACUGAUGCGUAUCUUUUCGCCAUUUACCGAUGGGGACAAACGAUCAAGUUGCCUAUGGCGUCGGACUACCCGAAGCUCACUGCUCUGGUACUCGAAGUUUCGAAGCGGGAGUCUGCAAUUGCCGCUUUAAAAGCAGAGGGACGUCCUCCGUUCACGGUGCAGUGA